AUUGGAGAUCGCGCGACAAAGCAGGCUGUACUUCAAGCAAUACAUUCAGUUAGUCUGAUCCAUCUAGCUGCUCAUGGUGAUGCUGAAAGAGGAGAGAUUGUCCUUUCCCCAGAGUGUCCCGCUGACUAUGUUCCACGAGAAGACGCCUACCUCUUGACUAUGGCGGACAUUUCACGAAUUAAGCUGCAAGCUAAACUGGUUGUGCUUAGCUGCUGUCACAGUGCACGUGGACAGAUUAAAGCCGAGGGAGUUAUUGGAAUCGCUCGAGCGUUCUUAGGAUCCGGUGCUCGCUCAGUGUUAGCGGCACGGUGGGCUUUAGAUGACACAGCCACAGAGAAGUUCAUGACUUGUUUCUACGAGCACUUGUUCCGCGGUGAAAGCGCCAGUGAAUCUCUUCACGAGGCCAGGAAAUGGAUGAGAAACAAUGGCUUUGUGGAAGUCUCCAAGUGGGCUUCUUUUAUGCUGAUUGGCGACAACGUGACAUUUGAUUUUGCAAAUUGGCCUGUGUCUACUUCAACCAAAUAGCCAUGAGUCAUGUAAACCCGCUGUGACGAAAUGUGCUGGACGGAAUAAAGUUAGAAACUGUUAAUUGCCACCGUACAGA